UGCGUAAGUAAGCUGACCUCCGUUACUUGUUCAUCAGGAACGUAUACUAGUGCGCUACAUACCGGCAAAACUGUGCUUUGUUUAUGUUUUGAAUCUUAACACGACAUUUACAUUUAUUUAUUUUAAGUUAAGUUAUUGACCUGUUAGUCGAAUCCUGUGAUAAAUUUUAAGUAAUGUAAAUUAUGAAAGAUAUGUUAAAAUGGGCAAUUUGUUUCUUCUUAUAUUUGUCUUCAUUGCAACCACCGAGUCUGCAAUAUUUUUCAGGGCACAUAAAGAUUAUCGAAUAGUCCCAGAUGAAUAUUUCCACAACAAACACUACAAACAAAUUCUUCAGAAUCUGAAAAUAACUGCCAAGGACCUUAGCGAUGCCAUCGGUUUUGCAACGAAUUCAAUUGAGAAAAUGCACCGUUUAGAGAUUAAUUUGAAUUCAGCUGAUAUUGGAGUAAAAGUGGGUACUCCAUCUAAAGGAAUGUAUAUCGUCAGUUCUCCGAAUAAUGUGUCUAUAGCUAGAGCCAAAGACGCAUUAAUCAUCAAUAAGGCCACUGGAUUCUUAAUUAAUCGACAUACCGACAGACAGAAGAUGCCUAUGAACAUUUGGUCCGAAGUCUUUACAAAUUUGGACUAUUCAUCAACGACAAUUGGAAAAACGUGCAAAACUGUAAACAAAAUAUGUUCAUGGAAAGCACGUGAAUCUCCAUAUAGAAUGGCUGAUGGAUCCUGUAACAGUGAGAAAUAUGGCUCUAGAGGCGAAUCAAAUACUGUUUACAAGAGAUUGCUUUCUCCGGAUUAUUUAGACGGUGUUAGUGAAUUUAGAAGGUCAGUUACCAAAAGACCGUUACCAUCACCCCGCCAAAUCAGUACUUCUUUGGUUCAAAGUGAAAAUGAAACUGCCUAUGACAUUACUUCAGUCGUUGGUCAAUGGUGGCAAUUCAUAGAACAAGAUUUGAGCCAAACUGCCGCUUCUGUACAAGUUUUCACAGGUAAUCAAAUUGAAUGUUGCGAUGCAGGAUACAAAUUAUCUCCAAGAUAUCAACACACAUUUUGCGCUCCAAUUAUGAUACCCAGCAACGAUCCCUUUUAUUCUAAGCAGUAUAUGAAUUGCAUGUCUUACGUAAGAUCUUUACCAGGCAUGAGACACGAGUGCAAUUUUGGCCCUAGAGAGCAGGUAAAUCAAGCAACUCAUUAUAUGGAUGGUUCCCAAAUUUAUGGUUCAACGCCCAAUCGCCAAUUCUUAUUGCGUUCUUUCGAAAAUGGCAAACUAAGAUCGUUCAACGUAAAUGGUAGCGAAUAUCUUUCCUUGUCCGACGAUCCAAUGAAUGAUUGCCAGUUCAACAACCACAAUGGAAAAUGUUUCAAAUCUGGAGACUCCCGUGUUAAUGUGCAUCCUUACAUGACAACUUUGCAUCUGCUGUGGCAUAGGGAACAUAACAGAAUAGCUGAAGAAUUGUUAAAACUUAAUCCUCAAUGGAAUGAUGAGACUAUUUUCCAGGAGGCUAGAAGAAUUGUCGUUGCGGAAUUACAGCAUAUAACAUAUGACGACUACCUUCCAAUAAUUUUAGGCAAUGAAAAAUCGAAAGUAAUCAGUAAAUUAAAUGAUUACAACCCCGAAGAAGAUGCUAGAGUAACUAACAGCUUUGCUACUGCUGCCUUACGGGCGUUCAAUUCCUUAAUUGAUGAUACAUUAAAUUUAUACAAUGAAGAAAGAAAUGUUGAAUCUUCGUUAGACUUGGAGAAACAUUUUAACAAGCCCGAUGUCCUAUUAGAGAAGGACAUGGUUGAUAAAUUAAUAAGGAGUUUAGGAACGCAACUUAGUCAAAAACAAGACGUAAAUUAUGCCAAUGAUAUUCUUAGCAAGUUGUAUACAAAUGGAGAAUAUGGCUUGGAUGUUUUAAGUUUAGAUAUACAAAGGGGAAGAGAUCAUGGCCUUAGAAGUUAUGUUUAUUAUAAGAACAUAUGUAGCAAGAAUGAAGCAAAACGAUUUGAACAUUUUGAAGACGUCAUGUCACAAGAGGCUUUCACAUUAUUAAGUAAAAUAUAUAGCCAUCAUAAAGAUGUUGAUUUGAUCGUUGGAGGUCUUUUGGAAAGACCAGAAGAAGGUGCUCAAGUAGGAGCAACGUUUUCUUGCAUAAUAGCUGACCAAAUGUAUAGAACGAGGAUAGGCGACAGAUAUUUCUAUAAAAAUCGAAAUCAACCAAAGCCUUUUACUUCAGAACAAAUAAAAGAGAUUGAGAAGUCAUCGCUGGCCAGAGUUAUGUGUGAUAAUUCAGACGUUGAUAUGAUGCAACCAGACGCAUUCAGGUCUAUCAGUGAAACAAAUAAGUUGAAAAAAUGUAACGACUUGCCAAGUAUGAAUUUGGCAAAAUGGAAAGAGUAAAUACCGUCCGAAUUGAAUAUAAAUUAAGACUGAUAUAAUGGCUGUAUUACAGUAUUUAAUAUUUAUAGAAUUAGGUGUAUUUUUUUAUUUAAUUUUGUACACUAUUAAACUUUUAAAUAUGACGGCGGAGAUAAUUCGCAUUUUAAUAUACAAGAUUAGAAAAACUAUGUUAAUCAAACAGCUUUAAUAAAAUUUUCAAAUAUA